UCUACUAUUCUUCAUUGGCCAAUAUAGAAACGCUAGCAAGAGCAGAGGAGCUUCCAAAUUAAACCGUGGCCUUGUGAACCGGAAAUGCACUCCUCUUCUCCUUCCUCCGGCGAGCUCGCCGCCUCAAACUGCGCCUCCCUCCGCCGUUCCCGCGGCCGUCCUCCGGGAUCCAAAAACAAGCCAAAGCAACCUAUUAUCCUCACUCGGGAAACUCCCAACGCUCUUCGAUCCCACUUAUUCGAGAUCGUAACAGGAGCAGACAUCAUCGGCUCUAUCGCCGCUUAUGCUCGCCGGCGGAAUCGCGGGGUAUCCGUUCUAAGCGCGUCCGGCGUAGUUUCCGACAUCUCUCUCCGGCAGCCUGGAGCACCUGCCGGCUCCGACGUAAUCGUGCUACGAGGUCGUUUUGAGAUUCUUUCUCUCUCCGGAUCUUUCCUGCCGGCGGCAACAGGACUGACCGUGAUUCUUGCUGGAGGACAGGGGCAAGUUGUAGGGGGGAGCAUCGCCGGUGAGCUUGUGGCCUCGGGUCCGGUCAUGGUUGUUGCCGCCACCUUCAGGAACACCGUAUACGAGAGGCUGCCUCUCGAGGAGUCGCCGGCGGCGACUUUAGAAAAUUCGAAACAGAGUCCGGUGAGAGGUGGGAUUUCCGCUGGCUGCGGUGGAGCAUCGCCGCCGGCCGUGUUGGAGAAGAAAUUACCAGCAAUGCCACUGUAUAACAUGCCGGCGCCAAAGCUUCUCUUGAAUGAGGUGUUUGGCGGCGUCUGGUCAGCGGCAGCGGCAGCGGCGGCUGCGGCGGUGGGUUCUAAGCCUUCAUAUCCUAGUAAUUAAGUAGUCAGAUAUAAUUUUAUAAGUUUUUGCUAUGCACUUCUUCUUCUUCUUCUUCUUUGGUGUAAGUGUGGUUUAAUUUUGUAAAGAGAGCUAGAUUCAGCUUCCAUGAACAGUAUAAAUGGUUCUUCCUAUUGGCUUCUUGUCAGCCACCAUUUGAU